CGGUUAGAAGCAAUUGGUGGUCUGCGAGAGAGACUGCAGAGGAAGGCAACUUUACUAUUGCCAACGCUACGCGGAAUAUCCUGUCUUCCAGGAAGAUUCGUGGCUCUAAUGCGAAUCUUCCUUCCCCCAAAUUCUCCCACACCUGAGUCCUCAGCCUUUUAUACUCUCCCUCUGCUCCCAUCUUCUUGUUUAUUUUCGCCAACCUCACUUCGAUUCUUUUGCCAGUACUUGAGCAUCACUUCUGCUUGGUGCUGGCACACUUCCACCAAUUGGUUCAUGCAAUUUCUUGCUGCAAGUCAAUCUAAUUCAACUUACUAUAAAAUAGCUUAUGAGUCACCAGAGCAAAUCAAAUCCUAGUAGAGCUCUAGAUGGUGUACAUGGAGUGCGUGUGGUGCCUCAUUCACCAUUUGCACUGGAGGAGAUUACUAAACCUGGGGACUUUGAUCGAUCAACUUGUGAAAGAUCAUCUAUUGAAGCUAAUCAGCGGCUAUUAAUGCAAGUAUGGCAGCAAAGACCAGCAUGUCUGAGACCCGUUCGAUGUUGUCUUAAUGGCGAUGAGAGUCUUGGGGAAACAGUUGCUAAUGUUCUUACUUCACUUCCCUUUAUUGCUCUUGGAAUUCAAGCCCCAAGGAAGAAUCUUAACUGCAAGUUGUAUGCUAAUUCAUUAAUUGGAGUUGGGAUUGCCUCAGGUUUAUACCACUCUUCAAGAGGAAAACUGAGGAAGUAUUUGAGGUGGGCUGACUAUACAAUGAUAGCCACAGCAACAGUUUGUCUAUCAAGAGCUAUCAGAAAUGAGAAUCCAAAGUUGUUGAUGGCAGCAUCGGCCUUUUUUCUGCCUAUCCAGCCUCUGAUGGUUUCAGCCGUUCAUACUGGGAUGAUGGAGGUCGCAUUUGCAAAAAGAGCAUUAGAUGAUCCAGACCUGAGGAUGGUCCACAAUGUCCAUAAGAUGUCAUCACUGUUGGGGGGUGCUCUUUUCAUUGCUGAUGACGUCUUUCCCAGAACUCCAUUCAUUCAUGCCGCUUGGCAUCUCGCUGCGGCUGUUGGUGUAGGAACCUGUAAUAAACUACUUGAAUAGUGCAAAUAUUCAAGUCGAUUGUGCAUUUAAUUGAUUUUUCUCAAGGACCUGCAGCCUUCAUUCAAAAGACCAACAUGGCUAUGGUACCCAGAUAAACAAAUACAGAGGCUUGGAAUCUUGGAUCGGCUUACUUCAGUUCAAAGAUCUGAAUAUUGGGUUUCCUGGGAUAUUUUUCUACAGCAAAAAUGUAAUGCCCUUGUUGUCCAAAAUAUUGUAUAAAUUGGAGAUGGGCCAUUUUUUUUUUGUAUACCAGUGGCAACAUUCAUUAACUGGAGUCUGAAGGAGCAAUAGUAACGGGAUAAAUUUUCCAUUGGGUAUAAAAUUAGGCUUUCUUAA